UUGUAUCCUCGGCUAGGGCCAUCUUGAGUUAUAGCAAAGGGCAAUUGGGUCAAUGAAUGCGAGGGGUUGUGUUUUCAAUUCUCAGAACAAUGGGACAAUACUUGUGUCUACAUGACGGGCAUGGCCCUUUUAUAAGCCUGGCCAUAAUGUAGUCGCGCGUGCAUCUCUGUUGGUAUACAUGCAGAAGGGGCCACACCAACGCAAUAUUAGCAGGAGUCUGAUUGGCUGGGACACUCGGGGUCGUUCCCGAGGCCAUGAAAACGUGGGGAAAAGAUAUGAUUCUCUGUGGAUCCUCCAUUAACAAGACUGAUUGGCCUUUUCUCCCGGCGCCAAGUUGCCCGAUAUCCUCCCAUGAGGCAGUUUUGCUCCGAUGACCGUGUCCUGUAUCUCUCAUCAUUCGACUACAGGUACUCUUCUACCAUUCGAAUUUCCCUCUGGGGCGAAAGAGGCAAGUCCUCUAUUGUUCUAUGCAGCCUGUCCCUCCCCUAGCCAAUAGAAGAAUGGCCUCACCCGAGCCCUCCCUGGUGCCAUUAGUCUCCCCACGGGGUCGGCCAGCGCCACUCCAAACCCCAUGUAUCAAUUGCCGAUCCAAGCAUCUUCGAUGUACGUAUGAAACCGACCAAUGCGAGCCCUGUCAACGACACAGCUGGACAUGCGUCCGCCGCAACCCUCGCAAGAAUCCGAUUCAAUUUCGUCCGGGUAGCCGUGCAAAGUAUGACCAGGCCUUUGCUCCGAACCAGGUCUGGGUAAAGCUGGGCCGUAGAUCGGCCCGGCUGAGAUUUGUCGAUGAGACCGUAGACGUCAUCUCAGGCUACAACUCGGCGAGUGAUUCUGAAAACGAGGGGAUUGACGGCGAGGAGAUGUCCUUUGGGACUGGGGCCGCUGUAGGAACUCAAUCAGAGGCUGCGCAAUCUCAUGCUCUGAGUGCAAACUCCACCAAGAAUGCUGCUCACGGUGGGACCCAAAGGCAGACAACAACUGUGCCGGCAAUGACUACACUUGGAAGCUCUGAUACGGCCACGGUACAUCGAGGUGCAGACAUAGAACCUCCUACAAGCCAGGGACGGAUGCACAGACCCGUCGUCUUUGUUGGAGAUACUGAUGUCCGCCUUCAAGCUAUUCUCCUACGAUAUUUCGCCGAGGUCAUUGGCCCUCGCUUUGAUUUAUGUGAUAACGAGCGACACUUCAGCCGUCUGGUGCCGCAACGGGCCCGUUCCUCUCCCACCCUGUUGAAUGCGAUUCUCACUACCUCAGCCCGCCAUUUGACUCGCCUACAAAGGUAUCGCAAUUCUGCCGGUAUCGUGGAGUGGCAGGGCCAUCUAUUACCAAGUUUGAGCGAGGAAUCUGCUGUCUACUAUCACAAUGAAUGCAUUAAAGACCUACUGCGGCUCAGCAUGGAUCCAGAACAGAUUCACAAUGAAGCUCUUCUGGCAGCAGCAAUCAUUCUUCGCACCGACGAGGAAAUGGACGCCCCGCUCCACGAAGGCGAGGAGGACACUGAAGUUUUCCUAGGCAUGUUGAACAUGUUUAUUAACGCCCAGGCACCACUAGUGGCAACAUUACCGCACAGCUCCCCUCCCGUCUAUCCAUCCCAAGAAGACCUCUAUGGCCCAGGAGUCCACUUGGUCCAUGCACCACAACCAGAUUCGCCCUCCCACCCACUAUCCUCCCCAGCCCCACAGACUAAUAUCUUAUGGCCGUAUGCCAUUCCUCAUGUCCCUAGACCGGAUGGCCUUCGUCAAGCCGCCUUUUGGGUCGCCCUGCGUCAAGAACUAUUUACCUCGUUCAUGAAACAACGCCCUCUCAACUUUCCCAUGAGCCACUGCGAUGCAUUUCGCAAUCUAUCGCCCGCCGAGGAUGUCAUCUGGGCUGACAGACUAGUCAUCUUCUGCGCCGACCUCCUCGAAUACUGCUACGGAAGUAGCUAUCUCCACACCGCGGAUCAAACCUCACAUCGUCGCCAUGAUCCCUCCCGCUGGCACGAACUGCGGAAUUACGAACGUGAUUUGACACUAGCCCUGCCGAAAUCCUUUGAACCCAUGUGCUACCGAGAGCCUGAUACCAGCUCCGGACAGGUCUUUCCAGAGAUCUGGCAUCUGGAAAGCUGUCACGUCACGGGGACCACACACCUGGAAUUAGCUCGCAUCCUGCUAGUCGCGUUCGAUCAAAGUCGGCCAAACUUAGGACCGGGGUCUGUCUCGAGCCAAAGGAAGCUCGCCACCACGCUGAAGGAUAUCGUGCGCCGGCUUUGUGGGAUCGCCAUGUGCAACCGUCAGUCGCCACCGGCUUUCAUCGAAGCCUUAAUGGGUAUCACGCUGUGCGGGGAGUAUUUUACUGAGCGUGGGGAGCAGCAAGCCCUUCUCGGCGUUCUGAGAACCAUGCGUCAGGAACAUGCUUUUCCGACGGGGAAGGUAGAAAAGAUGUUGCUGGAUGCGUGGGGGUGGGAUUGAGAUGAGCUCCUGAUAUGUAUUCCUUUCUGUCUCUGAUUAUCACAUCGAAUGUAAAUAGCAAAACAUAGAAUGCUUGUGUAUCCAGGGGUCUAAUAUCUGUGCAGAGCUUACCAAUUGGUGCUAUUCCUGCAUCAUUUCACACAGGCCUCUAGCUUUGGCAGUGACCGGGCAGACCUAGUUGUCUCCUGCAAUUCUUUCUCACUUCUCGUCUCCUACCAUAGCCCUAAGCAACAGGACGUAUGUGGUCCAUCGUAUCAAUGCCACAUUUCGGGCAUCCCAGUUUCAAAAAGCACUUUACACUAAUCUAGCAGUUCAAAUAAACAACAAACAUGCGCAUCUGUAUUGCAUAAAGUCGUCUAUUUUAAACUCUAUCA